AUGGCGGCAUUACAAUCCAUCAUUCUUUUCAUUUGUCUCUGCGUUCAAGGUAUUUCCUCUCAAGAAAUUGUCAAUGGACAAAUUUAUACUCCUGGUAUCGCGAUAGUCGAUGCGCCGCAACCAAAUACACCACUUGGAGGGGAUUUCCUACAAGUUGCGCUAGAUGUCACCUCAGAUGGACAGCUUCAACUUCCACCCUAUCCGAAGAACGCUGUCUCGGAGAUCUAUAAUAUCACCAUGUUUCUCUCCAGUUAUACUACAGGGAAAAACUUUACAAUCUCAAAUGGAACCGCGACAGCAGGAAAUGCGAGCUUAGGUGAGAUCAUGGCUCAAGAAUCAAGUAGCACAGUCAAACAUGUAAAUUGGGUUUGGCCGGAUUGUCUUGUUGGUGAUGGCACAUCAGAUAAAAACACUGCAAGGGGGGCAUAUAAUAUUUCCAUCCGUCAAAAUUUCCGAUUGAAUGGAACUGAUCAGUACACAAUUUUCGACCUACCAAUUCAAGUCACCAACUCUAUACCUGAGCAAAGUGAUAGACCUUCUUGUGAUUCGAUCAACAAUGAUUUGAUUCCCUGGGCCACAUUAAACGCGUCGGCAAAUAGUUUUACUCGUAUUGCAGGAACGGGCAUACAAACUACUGGCUCGUCGCAGAAUGGGAUUGGUGCCGGAAGCUCUAUCGAUUGGAGAACUGGUGUACAUUAUAUAUGGAUGGGAAGUCUGGUUAUGAUGUUCGCGCUAUAA